AUGCCGCAAAGUCAAAUACCAAAUGAGAAGAGCCUUGAUAUAGAUUUGAAAUUAUAUAUCGAUGAGGAUUUGUCUACAGAGGAAUAUCCAAGUUCUUCAGAUGAGGACAGUGGUGAGGAGUAUCACAUACAAUUCUAUUAUGAAUCCUUGUCUGUCAAGAGUUGGCUAGUAUAUACAUUUUUUAUUGGACCUUUGGCAGCAAUACAAGACAGCCGCAUAACAAUUGAAACUUUUCCAUAUGGUAUUGCAAAGACAUAUAGAAAAGGGCAGGGGUACAAAUUCAAAUGCGAGCACGGUCCAGAGGAAUGUUACGGCAAUAAGUUACACGCUUGUGUGUUACAUCUAUUGCAAAACAAAACUGAAGCGAUAUUAUUCAACUUGUGUUUAAUGAACAAACAAUCCAAUAAUGCUGCAGUGGAUGAGUGCGCUCAGGAGAGGUAUGGGUUAGCCGGAUCAAUAAAAGAAUGUGCAAAAAGUAGACUCGGAUCAAGACUUCUUAAACAUUAUGGCGAUGAAAGUGAAAAGGUUGAUUAUGAACAAGUCCCAUAUAUCUUGGUAAACGGAGAGUCGAGUUAUGUCAAAAUGGCACAGACAAACAGAUAUAUUAAUAAUAUUAAAAAAAAAUUGCUUAACUUGCGCCGCAUUACCGAAGCCGUGGCGCCAAAAAAUUAA